GCGCAGGUCAUUCAGAACGCCGAGAACCAACAUUGGAUACACUUCACCAGUCCAUCAUCCCUCAACAGCUUUCACAUUGCGCGUCUGGCCAUCGAGUCUCAAGUCUCCCGAUUCAACACUGCACAGACGCCCGCCAAACCAGGCUGUGCUACAGCUGCUGCCUGUCUCGCCCGCUUACACUCACACGGUCUCAACGCCAUUCACCUUCAUCACCCCCACCCAACUCACAAUAUCCCCGUCACGCAUCCUCCGCCCGAAUCUCGAAUCAUGGGGCGCAAGACCCUGCGAAUCCUCUGCUUCGGCGACUCCCUGACCUCGGGCUAUUUCGCCUGGGGUAUGGGCUCCCACCCCUACGCUCUCAAGCUCGAGGAUCGCCUUACGGGUGCCUUUCCCGAUGUCGACUUUGAGGUGGUCGCUGAUGGCCAACCUGGGGACGUUGCUUCCUUUGAACGCUUUCGCAAGAGGAUGGAGGCUGCCUGGCGCAAGAAGACCUUCGACUGGACCAUCAUCCUAGGCGGCACCAACGACAUAGCCUACGCCAUCCCUCCAGCCCAGAUCUUUGCAGCCCUCAAAGGCAUCUACGACAUUGCCCUCAGCAAAGAGCACAAGGUCCUUGCCCUUACCGUCCCCGAGUGCGAGGCCAAGGGUGAGCGAGGCACCCAGUCCAGGCAUGAGCUCAACCAGAUGAUACUCAACAACAAGGACACCAACUACUACUCCUUUGACCUCCACGCUCACAUCCCCUUUCACUCGCUCUCGGAGGCGGAUCGUGAAAAGUACUGGGAUGACGGACUGCACCUCCGCGAUGAUGGCUACGACUGGAUGGGAAAUCACAUCGCCGACGCCCUGAUAGACAUCCUGCGGCGCGAAGGCACCCCCGGCAGCCCGUCCCAGCUGGAAUUCGAGGAUGACUUCGUCUUCGAGGAGGAGGAGGGCAACCCUCGCAAAAUCAGCGAGGGUUACGUCGUCGUUCGCAAGAAAGAUUUGGACUAG